AAAUAAACAAAUAACCUUCUCAGCCGCACCAACUUAUCCCAGGCCCUCUCCCCGACGGAGCUCCCCCACCCCGAUCUUUCUCUCCUCCACCUACACCACCUCCUUCUAUCUCUAUUCUAUGUUCUCUGUAUCUCUCUUUCUCAACCUCUCUCCUCCCCAACACCCCGAGUUUGGUGGUAAUGCGAUUUUCGCUUGAAACAACUACUGUUUCCUUCGUCAAAUUUUGGAUUCAAAAUGAGUGGGUAUAGUGAUUUGGAAUCUUGACCAAAAAUGAGUCUGGGGAUUGUUUCUCAACAGCCAAUAUAGAGGCUAGCUCUAUCUCCCUCUCUCGCUAAAAUGUCUUUGCAACAGUUUGUGUAGCGCGCGCUAUCUAGUAAGCAUCUGUUGAAUAGUGUUCGAUUCUUUGUGAAGGAGAGAGCGAAAUAUUCUUUGUGGGUUCAAUUCUCACUACACAGGCGCUCUCGUGGCUGUUCUGCGCCGAAUAUACAUAUAGAACUAAUGGCUGCGCACACUUCUGGUAAUGGGUUCUGAAGCCUUUGUGCUUAGGAGCAUAUGGGCAUCACUGGGUUCCUCCUGGAUUUACUGAUAUUGAAGAGGAAGAUGGAGAGAAAACAGGGAAAGAUGUCUCUUUGUGGAACAAUACAGGAAGAUGCUGCAAUAAGAGGGGGAGAUAAGCUCGUAUUAAGGGGCUUGAAGUUCCAUGGAUUUCAUGGAGUGAAGCCAGAAGAAAGGACGCUGGGUCAGAAAUUUGUGAUAGAUGUUGAUGCUUGGAUGGAUCUCCGGGAGGCUGGUAAAUCUGAUCGUUUGUCAGAUACCAUUAGUUACACCGAAAUUUAUCGCAUUGUAAAGGAAGUUGUAGAAGGGCCACCUCAUAAUCUUCUGGAGUCUGUGGCUCAACUCAUCGCAUCUACCACUCUGAAAAAUUAUCCCCAGAUAUCUGCUGUCUCUGUCAAAGUUGGGAAGCCGCAUGUUGCUGUUCAUGGUCCUCUUGACUACUUGGGUGUCGAGAUAUUUAGAUACAGAAGUGUUGAUGCGCCAAACUAAGAUUUUAUGAGUUACUCAAAAAGAGGCAAAUCUAUGCCCCCUGUGACAGCCUGACACAGGUUUGACUUGGGUGUUAUUUUGUUUUCUUCUCUUUUGAACUUGUUUGUGGGGAUCCUUGUUCCAUAUUUUGAACCAGCCACAGUUAUUGUUUAUGUAGUUCUUUCUUGUGCUUAUCCUGUAUUUUUACUUGGGAUUUCAUCUUGGUUACAUUCUUUUUAGUACUUGGUACACCUCUGAACUUCAUUUUAUUGAAUUUCUUUGUCAA